GGCGAUAGCCAGUGUUGCAGCAACGCUAAACAUCGAGAAGGCGCGUCAUUGAAGGGCAGCGUCAUCACCCCGAAAGCUGCGUUCGUAUCUUCGUUUAUCAGCUAUCCUGAAGCAUACGACUGUGCGAUCACGCCUCGAUCGUCUGCCGCAAUGAAUCUCCGAGUCGUCGCGGAUGCGUUAGUGAGUGUCACGGAGUGAGGCCUGUCAUGUGUGUGCCUUCUGGCAUCGAUCGUGAAAGGGUUGAUUCUUCGAAAGGCAGCUAUACAGUAUGUUCGACCCGUAGGAAUGCCGUCUAACGCUAUUCAGCCAUCCUUGCGAUUUCGCAUCUGCCGUAAAGCCAGACCGCGAAAGCGUCGAACCUUGUUGUUGACGUCGCUGCUUUGCUGCGCCGUCAUCAUAGAAUGUGGCGUAUCAGCUAUCGCAUGGGCGGCACUUGCUCUCGAACUCGACGCUAUAUUGAAAACAGUCACAGGGACUGUGAAGUGCCUCGUGCUCCGCCACUACAUUCCUCGGUAUGGCCUGGCUAAUGGACGCCAAAUGUCUAUGCACGCAAUGGACGCACGUCACAGGGCUUCCAUACUCCUCGUGGGAUGGGAGCCUUCCCGUACACGCUGUCAAAGCUUGCUCACAGCAACAUGGCUCCGGGCACUCAGAUUAUGUAUCGUGCCGCUAUGUCUGACAACCGUGUCACCGACUGCACUCCCUUUGCUGGGGAUCUUGUACUUGCUUGUCUCAGACACCAGCGCCGUCUCCCACGUGGCCGAACGCGCCGUUCUCUCGUCGGAACGCCCUUGGUAUGCCUUCGAAGCACCCGGAGAACAUCUUUGCAUUAUGGGCAACAGAUACGGUAAAUGGCAGUGGCGUACACGAGGCAUAUCUCAAGCUGUUUCACAGUGUUUAUCGCUGGUCGACGACAGAUUCCAGGGAUCUGCUUUAUGCCCUCCAUGAUCAAGCGAGUCAAUUUUUGUGCUGAAAUAUAGACAUCAUUGUGUUCCAUCUCGCCGUGCUCCUCCGCGACGAGGAACCUGAC